AUGAACGUGUGCGCGUCGCAGGACGACGCCGUCGCGUUGCCGGUCAUAAUCAUAGAGGAACCCGACCCUCAGGACUGCCCGACCGGUUCACUCCCGCCCGAGGGAAACGUCAAAUUACGCAAUUACCGGCUUGUUAAUGAUAAUCUUCGCGCUUACACGCCAACCGGCGAUAUUCACACUUCACCGACCAAAGGAAAGUUAGUGUCGAAAUUCGAUGUGUGGUCGUCGAUUUCUCCACCUCGUGCCAAAAUAUUGGAACUUUUACGACCGGAGGAUCCUGGUAAAGAUGCUUUAGAGGCUAUAGUGAGACCGGUGUCAAGACGCGGUCUAGUGCGACCUUAUGACGAGGAUACCAAACGAUUUCUUCAAAGAACUCUACUUAGCCCAAGUCCUACCGGAGUGUCACAAGCCGCAACGCCGGAACCCAUCUCUCGACUGUCUGCAUCAUUAGAGGGCAGAGAGAAAGAUAUAGGAACAAAACUAAAAACCGAUGUAAGUGAUCUUAAAAAGGAGAGGUCUUUAGCUGACGAGCUUAGAGAGGCCGAAGAGGAUGAAAGAUCUGGCGCCAAUAUUCGACGUGAAUUAUUAAGGGAGUUCAGAAAACGAGGUGGGGGUAUUCGAGAGGCGAUGGAAAGAGAUCGGCUUGGGAAGCUAGCGCUUUCCGUGGAAGACGACGAGGUGUACGAGGACUGUGGGCUGACUGCUGCGGCGCGUCGGCUGGACGCUCUGCUGGUGGAGUCGCGCAACCUGCAUGAGGAGCUGGCGGGCAUCCACGAGGACAUGCAGGCACAAUGCGCACGCGCCUGUCGCUGCGCGGCGGCUGCGCGCGCGCUCACCGCGGAGUCGCGGGCGCUGCGGUAUCUAGACGACGUCGUAGCACUACUUCGCGGGGACGUCAAGGCGGCGGAACUCACCAGGACCUGGCCAUUUGCUAUCGGAAGACGGCAUCCUGAUAGAAAUUAUAUCGUU